UUUGCCUCUUGAAGCUUUUCUGGCACAAGCCCAUCAGUAUUCCCUUCCCGUAUUUCUGUGAAAUAUACGUGGUAUGUUGCGGCUCUUUGCUUGUCUCGUGCUGACGAGUGUCCUAACCGUCGACGCCAAGCGCAGUGCCAUUAAGCAUUUGGCUGAUGUCGAGAAGGACGCAGUUGCCGCGGCUGAAGUGUCGGAGAAGAAGAUUGAAGAGCACGUGCUGGCAGACAAGACGUCUGACAAGAUGUCGGAGAAGCAGACUGCAGACCACGUGACAACGGACAAGGUGGUAAGCAAGCAUUCUGAUGCGGCCGCCUCCAAUGAGGAGGGAUGCAUGUGCCAUCAGCACAAGAUGUCUUGUGGCAAUUGGGGGUGGGGCAAAUGGAACUGCGGCUGCGCGAACAACGUGUGCGUGGGCUGCCAUUGCGACUGGUGAAGCCACCGGAUGAACUCAAGAUCGUCCCGGGCGUUUUUUGCCCACGAAGCUCUGACGGGCUGGCGUGAGCUAUACCCGCCUUGUCAUGUCGGUUGCUGCAUUUGCUGUGGAUCACUUGAAAUUUUCCCACAGAAUGUUGGCGGCCCCUUUUACGCAUGCCAAGUGCUCAGUUAUGGCUUGGCCAAGGUUACAUUGACUUCAUUGGAUGCUGUUUUGAUGUGGGCAGAGGAAAGCAAAAGCAAACCGCCCACUACAACGUGGCGAGUGGCAUGUGACUAACCUACCAAUGUCGCUGCGUGGACGGCGCGUGUCUCCAGCGCAGCUGCAGGUGAACUGCCUGCGUCUCAGUUGACUCUUGAAAAGGAGCGGCGUGUUAGGGAGAUAGGCGCACGCGAAAAGUGGCUGCGCAACCUGACCCAAAUCCACAACCCUGUAGUUGCC